AUGGCGGGGAUUACUGCUUCAGUGACAGCCGCGGAGCGGGCAACGGCGAAGGCUAUCCCCAUCAGUCCCAUCACUUCAGCUCCCAUUCUCACUCAUCAGCGCGGCUUAAUCAAACGGACUGGUGCCGACACAGUCGAGGACAACACUUGUGGAUGGGUCAAUGGUGAUCUCAGGGUUGACUGGACUUGCGGACGUAGUGAUGAAGCCCAUCCUCUUUGCGCGACGGCGACGUUUGGCGGUCCAGCGGGAUACACCUACCUCAGUUGCACAGAUGCCAUCGGCACAACGGACACGAUGAUGCUCACAUACUAUGGCGGCAAUGCAACGGUCGAGAACUUACCCAGGUAUUUCUCGAGCUAUUGGUACGAGAGUACCACCACUUCUUCCACGACGUCGACUUCUACCUCAUCUCCCGCCGACGACGCAGGCAUCAACGACACGAUAUCUUGGCUCUCCGGCAACAAAACCAUCCUCAUCGGAGCCAUUGCCGGCUUCUGCGGGUUACUCAUCCUCCUCGUGGUGGGGGGUUGCUGCGUGGUACGGAACAAAAGGUCCAGACGAGGACGGUAUAUUCCGGCUAGUCAGCAGAUGCCACCACACGAGGCUUACGGAAUGCACUAUCAAGGCGCGGCGGCAUAUCAGCGGCCUCCAUCGUACCAGUCUGGGUAUGGAUACCAACAAGAUUUCGGCCAGGUGUACGUGGCUCCGAAUAAAUGA